GGAUGGUGCGCCUGGCGGCCGAGCUGCUGCUGCUGCUGGGGCUGCUGCUACUCACGCUGCACAUCACGGUGCUGCGCGGCACCGGGGCCGCCGACCGGCCGGACGCCGUCGCGGGCAACGCCAGCGGGACCCAGCGGCAGAAUAACCUCAAUGUGGAAAGUGACUCUACGUCAGAAAGCAGCUUUCCUUUCUCCAAAGAAGCACCAGGGGAGCACCUGGACCACCAGGCUGCACACCAGCCCCUCUCUAGACAGCGAUUCCAACCAGAGGCUGGGCACCCUUCAUUGCAAAGAGAUGGUCCAAGAUCUUUCCUCCUUGAUCUACCAAACUUUCCAGAUCUUUCCAAAGCUGAUAUCAACGGACAGAAUCCAAAUAUCCAGGUCACCAUAGAGGUGGUGGACGGUCCUGACUCUGAAGCAGAUAAAGAUCAGCAUCCGGAGAAUAAGCCCAGCUGGUCAGUCCCAUCCCCUGACUGGUGGGCCUGGUGGCAGAGGUCCUUGUCCUUGUCGAGGGCCAACAGCGGGGACCAGGACUACAAGUACGACAGUACCUCAGAUGACAGCAACUUCCUCAACCCUCCCCGGGGGUGGGACCAUCCGGCCCCAGGCCACCGGUCUUUUGAAACCAAAGAGCAACCAGAAUAUGAUUCCACCGAUGGGGAGGGCGACUGGAGUCUCUGGUCUGUCUGCAGCGUCACCUGUGGGAAUGGCAACCAGAAGCGGACCAGGUCCUGUGGCUACGCGUGCACUGCCACAGAGUCUCGGACGUGUGAUCGUCCAAACUGCCCAGGAAUUGAAGACACCUUCAGGACAGCGGCCACUGAAGUGAGUCUGCUUGCUGGAAGCGAGGAAUUUAAUGCCACCAAACUGUUUGAAGUUGACACGGACAGCUGUGAGCGAUGGAUGAGCUGCAAGAGCGAGUUCUUGAAGAAGUACAUGCAUAAGGUCCUCAAUGACCUGCCCAGCUGCCCCUGCUCCUACCCCACCGAGGUGGCCUACAGCACCGCGGACAUCUUCGACCGCAUCAAGCGCAAGGACUUCCGCUGGAAGGACGCCAGCGGGCCCAAGGAGAAGCUGGAGAUCUACAAGCCCAGCGCCCGCUACUGCAUCCGCUCCAUGCUGUCCCUGGAGAGCACCACGCUGGCCGCCCAGCACUGCUGCUACGGCGACAACAUGCAGCUCAUCACCAGGGGCAAAGGGGCGGGGACCCCCAACCUCAUCAGCACCGAGUUCUCGGCCGAGCUGCACUACAAGGUGGACGUCCUGCCCUGGAUCCUCUGUAAGGGCGACUGGAGCAGGUACAAUGAAGCCCGGCCUCCCAACAACGGGCAGAAGUGCACCGAGAGCCCCUCGGACGAAGAUUACAUCAAGCAGUUCCAGGAGGCCAGGGAGUACUAGAGAGAGGCCACCACCGGGAUGGAGGACACACAUGCGCUGCACUGACUGCGACCGGGAGCACCGUCCCUCUUGGCCGCCUUCGUGUGUGUUGGCACGGACCACAUGCGUAUGUCUUUCUAAGUCACACUACGGAUGUGCACCAGGCCCGGGAUUUGCCAUCGGAAGCCACCCUUGCCAUCGAAGAUGCCCACAGACCUCCGUGCAGCUCCUCCUGGGGGUGGUGUGGGAAAGAGGAUGAGGACGGAGAAGCCAGGAGAACCUGGAAGCCACAGUGGGUGGGAUUCAGUUCACACCCCCAGAUCCAGAGUUUCCUAGCGAAGCAGAGGGAGGGAAAGAGACUGGAGUUUGUAAACAUUAUAAGUUUUUAUCUAUAACUUAUUUAAUAUGAAUGUGACUUAAGCAUAACCUUUUCUCUGGAGUUGUCACCGGGAGACUGUUUCGUCGCUUCUGGGAGCGUGCAAGACAGGGCUUGGGGAGGUGGAGGAGAAAGGGAAUGUGUGAUGAUGUCUUUAAAAAUAACUCAAUAGAAAUAUAUCCAAACAAGAAAACACCCACCUUAAACCAAAUAUUAUUUAACCAUGAGGCACCUUGCUGAAGUCUCAGUGUCCAAAAUGUCCUUGCCUAACUAAGAAAGGGGGUGGGGGUGUCAGGCAAAUGGAUGUUUUAGGCAAAAAUCUGAGGCCUGGUUUUAAAUAGGCUUUUAAAAUAAAAGGCCAAUAUUAGCCUAAUGCUUUGAUUCUACUAAAAGGCUUCAGAAUGGCAGAACUCCUGCUCAUGCCUUAGUAAGUCCAGAAGGCUGCAGGAAAGUCUGACAUAAAAACAGGGAAUAGCACUUUUUCCAAUGAUAAGAAAGCAAGAUAAGCAGGAAAAUAACAUUAGACCCCAUGUCAUCUAUUUCAUUUUAAUACCAUCUUAACAUUUUUUCCCUUCACCAAUAUAUUCACAGUAAAUAAAUAUAAAAAGAGGAGGAGAACUCAAGUCUAGGAAAUCCUAAUUUUUUUAUGUUUUAAGUGGGAAAAUAACUACAUUAUUUUUGUAAAGUAUUUAUUGAGUCAUUGAGUCUAGUGCAUCAAGCAGUUGUAAUUUGACCUGGUUCUGUGGUGUGGAACUUAGGGCAAAUAAAGAGUUGGUUAUUAUGCAAUCUUUACUUGCAAAACUCCAGGAAAAGAGAAUAUAUAAUAAAAUCAUAAUAAAAUGUG